UCCCUGCUGUGUCCCACCACGCUCACGUCCUCCACGUCCAUCCCUUCUGUGUCCCACCACGCUCACGUCCUCCACGUCCAUCCCUGCUGUGUCCCACCCCGCUCAUGUCCUCCCCGUCCAUCCCUUCUGUGUCCCACCACGCUCACGUCCUCCACGUCCAUCCCUGCUGUGUCCCACCACACUCACAUCCUCCAGGUCCAUCCCUGCUGUGUCCCACCACGCUCACGUCCCCCACGUCCAUCCCUUCUGUGUCCCACCACGCUCACGUCCUCUGCAUCCAUCCCUUCUGCAUCCCACCGUGCUCAUGUCCUCUCCAUCCCACCAUGCUCACAUCUUCCUCAUCCAUCCCUUCUGCAUCCUACACCCACGUCCUCCAAAUCCAUCCUUUCUGCAUCCCAUCAUGCUCGUAUCCUCUCCAUCCCACCACGUUUACAUCCUAUACAUCCAUCUUCUCUUCUGCAUCCCAUCAUGCUCGUAUCCUCUCCAUCCCACCACGUUUACAUCCUAUACAUCCAUCUUCUCUUCUGCAUCCCAUCAUGAUGAGCAGGACUCCCCCCUUCUCUAUCCCACAUCUGCCAUCAAAGUGCCCCACAUGAAGACAGUGACUUCAGGACCACCUCUCUGCCUCCCUCAGGGCCUGAAGAAGCCCAACAUCGAGGAGAUCCGCCACGCCAAGAACGCCGUCUUCAAUCCUUCCAUGUUUGGGAGCUCCUUGCAGGACAUCAUCGCCAUGCAGAAGGAGCGCUAUCCUGACCGGCAGCUGCCCUGGGUGCAAACGCGCCUCUCCGAGGAGGUGUUGGCACUCAACGGGGAUCAAACAGAAGGAAUCUUCAGAGUCCCCGGCGACAUCGAUGAGGUCAAUGCUCUGAAGCUGCAGGUGGACCAGUGGAAGAUCCCCACCGGCCUGGAGGACCCCCACGUUCCCGCAUCGCUGCUGAAGCUGUGGUACCGGGAGCUGGAGGAGCCCCUCAUCCCGCACGACUUCUACGAGCGCUGCAUCACCCACUACGAGAACCCCGAGGCGGCCGUCGCCGUCGUCCACUCUCUGCCCAGGAUCAACAAAAUGGUGCUGUGCUACCUCAUCCGUUUCCUCCAGGUACGAAUGGGCUCCCGCCGGCCCCGCUGUGGGUCCUGCCGAGUAGUUUGGGGCUCCUCGACCCCACACGAAGGAUAGGGUCCCACCACCACCACAAGUUUGGGUUCCC